GGUCACUAAAUCAGACAAGAUAAGAGAACAUUAACAUUUACCAAUAGAAAUGGCGACGAAUGUAUUGUCCUUAUAUGGAUUAACCUUAACAGCUUUACUUGGAAUAACCUAUGGUUUACUAGAGAGUUGUCCACAUCCGUGUACGCAGGGAGGGCAUCGAUACUGCCACCCUAUACCGUGUCCUCUUCCGCCUUGUAACAACUCAUUCACACCAGAGGGUGCUUGUUGCCCAGUAUGUCCGAACAGCACUGAUUGUCCUCACCCAUGUACACAAGGUGGUAGGCACUUUUGUGAACCAAUACCAUGUCCUAAGCUAGCUCCGUGUGACAACCCUGUUACUCCAACGGGCGCCUGCUGCGCAGAGUGCAAAAAUGGAACCGAUUGUCCUCACCCAUGUAUGCAAGGAGGAAAGAGGUAUUGCAGGCCGAUUCCUUGUCCGGCACCUCCGUGUAAUAAUUCUUUUGUACCAUACGGCGCAUGCUGUCCGGUAUGUCCAAAUACACCAGACUGUCCACAUCCAUGCAAACAAGGUGGGAGUCAUUUCUGUGGACCGAUCCCGUGCCCUAAACCUCCGUGCGACGACCCUGUGACAAUAGAGGGAACAUGCUGUCCACAGUGUCCUAAACACUGUCCUCAUCCAUGUACAGUAAAUGGUCACAGGUUUUGUUACCCGCCCCCGUGCCCACCACCACUACCAAACUGUACACACACACACACCCCUCCAGGAGAAUGUUGUGCAAUAUGCAAUGAUACGAUGGUAACAACUGCAGCAAUACGUAAAGAUACUACAGACUGUCCGUACCCUUGUGAACAAGGUGGCCAGCAUUACUGUCAUCCUUUACCAUGUCCAAUGCAACCAUGUGCUGAUCGGGUCCUUCUUAAAGGAGCCUGUUGCGAGUCCUGUCCAAAUGGACCAAACUGUAUGAUAGAGGGUCACCUAUUCCCAGCCUUUAAGGACAUUAUACACGAAGGAAAACUCUGUAGGUGUACUGGACUCACAGGAAAGUGCCACGAAAUUCUUGCCUCAUAAAACGUAGUUAAAAAAUA